AGCUCUCAUGGUGACUCAGCAAAAGCAGCUUUCCAUAUAUAAACGGGAAGAAUCAGCUGAAACUGCCUAGUCCAAAUCAGCUUCUGGAGUGGUCAGUUCCUGGACCAGUGAGAAAACAAUGAGUGGAUACGUUAUAACCUAUUUCCCACUAAGGGGUAGAGCCGAAUCCAUACGUCUGCUCCUUGGUGAUCAAGGAGAUUCAUGGACAGAGGAUGAGGUGCCAUUGGCAGACUGGUUUUCAGGAAAAAUUGACCUUAAGAAACAGGCGGUUUUUGGUCAGCUGCCACAGUUUAAAGAUGGAGAUUUUGUUCUGUAUCAGAGCAAUAGUAUUCUGAGAUAUCUUGGACGUAAAUAUGGUAUUUCUGGGAGCAGUAACGAAGAGAGUGCACUCAUUGACAUGGUGAAUGAUGGUGUGGAGGACCUAAGACUGAAGUUCAGCCGUAUGUUCUUCUUUGAGUUUGAGACGGGUAAAGAGAAGUAUGAAAAUGAGCUUCCUAACCAAUUAGCAGCAUUCGAGAGGAUUCUUUCCCGGAAUUCUAAUGGAACCAAAUAUCUGGUUGGAGAUGAGAUCUCCUAUGCGGAUUACAACUUCCUGGACCUCCUGCAGUUGCACCUUGAAGCAUUUCCAUCAUGCUUUUCAUCAUAUCCCCUCAUUAAUGCAUAUAUUGAUCGCAUCACUUCCCGUUCUAAACUAAGCGAAUACCUGAAAUCUGACGCUCGAAACAACCGACCUACUAUCCCUAAAAAAUAGGCAAGAAUAAGGGGAUAGCAAAUACUUGCAAACAGUAGUCCCUCAAUCACAGUCCUUAAAUAUUGUAUAGAAAUACCAAGUCUAGUCGCUACUCUUAACAGGCAGCUAUACGGAAGUAUGACUGCAGUAUCAGACUAAUACCAGGGUUGUUUGUUACUAUGGAGAUGCAUAGGGCUGAGUGGAAGCUGUGUACACGGAAUACUGUAGUAGAAUUGUUUUAUAUCAAGGCCUAUUGCAGAGUUGCUUCAUUUUAACUUUGGAUACAUUGGAACAAUAAAAAAACAUAUACAUCCAC